GUAGCAUCCUACAUUCAUUUGUAUAUACAUAGUUGUGUAUACUUGUGUAUCUUGUGUUUAUUGUAUACGAUGGAUUUGAAGCAUCGAAUUUUCGAGAACGAAUAACGACGAAUGUUUCCAUUUAUUCGUUCCCGUUUGCGAAGUACCAGUAAACAAAAGUGUGUAACGACAAACGUGAACUUAACGUCAACGUAAAUUUAAAUAAUCUUGUUUAACAAAGUUCACGACAAUGAUCAUACCUGUACGAUGUUUUACAUGCGGGAAAGUGAUCGGUAAUAAAUGGGAAGCUUAUCUUGGAUUACUACAAGCAGAAUAUACGGAAGGAGAUGCUCUCGACGCAUUGGGAUUAAAACGAUAUUGCUGUCGCAGAAUGCUUCUUGGACACGUGGAUUUGAUUGAGAAACUUUUGAAUUAUGCACCAUUAGAAAAAUAAACACCAUGUGAAAUCUUUAUUUCGACAAUUCAUCUUGUAUAUUGGUCUGUUUAUCACAGAAUUACAUAAAUUAAUUAAAUAAAUUUUCAUGAUUCCAAAGCAAAAUACACAUGUACAUACUUCUAUUAUAUUAAAAUGUAUCAUUAAAGUUUAAAAAUGUUAUUUUCAUCUCACAAUUACAGCAUUUACUGAAUUGUACAUACAUGUAGAAUGGGAAAGAAUUAAAAUCAACCAAUUAAAAUGUAAAAUGAUCUGUAUUUUAUAAUUGCGUUUGUUGCUUUUUUCUCUUUUCUUAUCAUGAUCAUGUAUAAAUUUUCAACAGUUGUAUAAAAAGUUGACAAGUUUAUAAAAAGUCUAUUAGCAAAAACUGCUCUGACAAAAUAUUAUGUUUUUAUUUUGAAAAUAUGUAUUUACGUUAAAUGCAACAUAGAAAAGUGAAACAUUUUAUACACUGUAUAUAUAUUACAUGCAUAAAACAUGCAACAGGAACUUACUGUACACGGACAUUCGUAUACAUAAACAAUUUUUCUUAGGAUUUUGAAUAUUACAAGGCUUUGCUACAUAUCACUAGUUAAUGGUAUCUUCUGAAAAAAAUGCAGGAGGUUAUAUUUCGAGAUUUGAUUCUUAAUCUGUAGAGCCAGCUACACGUACAUCGAAUUUCAAUUUCUUAAAUAAGAAACUCGUAUAUGGAUGUAAUAAACAUGCACUUAUGUAUGCUCGUGUUUAUCAAUCUUAACUAAAAUAAAAAAUUUUAAAUAACCGCGUAAUUCGAGUGUCACUCAGUAUAUUCUGCAUUAACAAUUUCUAAAAUAAUAUCUGUAAAAAGAAGCAUCAAAUACUUUUACGAAAAGCACUAUUAAUUAAUAAAUAAUUAAAAGAUCCGUAUCUGUAUUAUUAUACAUGUAUCUUGCUUUCAUUUCAAUUGUUAUUUUUAUUAUUCAAAUGUAAAGUUGUUUUAAAAUACUGCCAAUGUUUUUCAGUCUAUAUUUUUCUCUAAUUAAAUAAAAUCGUUACUUGCAACUCUCAAAUCUAUCAGCCACUUGAUAUGUU